AUGGGAGAUGAUGGGGUCCGCCGUUUACACCCACAACUUCUACAUUCAACUAUCACAGGGGUUAAUUUGUUUCUUGACGUUGCUAAUACUCGCUUUAUAUCCUUCUAUCUCCUAGUCGACUCCGUUUGCGACCUCUUUUUCCGCGGCCAUUGGCCGCUCCCACCACGAAGAACCCUCAACACAACCCCUCGAAACCAAACAAGUGACCAGCGCAAAGGGUCCACGAUGGAUUUUUUAAAAUCUGCUGUCGCCUCAGCGAUCGCCAAGGGAAGCUCGCUCCCCUUUUCACUUGGCGAUAGGGUAGACAUCGGCGACUCGAUGUGGACACUGCACAACGGUACGAAACGGGAGGACAGCUCGGCAUGCAGUGUCUUUACGUUUGAUAUUGUGGCGAACAGAUCGCGGCUUCCAAUAGCAAAGAAUGCCGUUCGGAAGUCGAGGACUUUGCGCCAUCCUGGUGUGCUGAAAGUUCUGGAUACGAUCGAGACUGAAUCCAACAUCUACAUUGUGACAGAACGCGUUGCUCCCCUCUCAUGGCCGGUCAAACGGCGGAGUCUGAGUGAGGAGACGGCGAAAUGGGGGCUGUGUACAGUUUCGUCUACUCUCAAGUUUAUCAAUAAUGACGCCGCCUCUGUCCACGGCGCCGUACGUGCCUCGUCCGUUUAUACAAGUGAGAGUGGUGAAUGGAAACUGGGAGGAUUUGAUAUCCUAAGCUCGAUGAAAGAAGAUGAUGCUGUCAUAUAUACAUAUGGAAGUCUAGUUCCCGACGCAGCUCGAUACACACCUCCGGAAGUCGCCAAAGGUGGUUGGCAAAGCAUCAAGUCAUAUCCUCUGACUGCCGUUGAUUCGUACGGAUUAGGAGCUCUCAUUUUUGAAGUCUUCAAUGGCAACUUUUCCGGUGGCGAUCAAGUUGGCAAGACUACUAAUAUCCCUCCGAGCAUGCAACAAAGUUACAAGCGACUGUGCACCGCAAACCCUAAGAUGCGACUCAGUCCUGCGCACUUUGUUGAGCAAGGGAAAAAACAGGGUGGUUUUUUCCAAACCUCGUUGAUUCGCUUAACGGAGGACAUGGAUAGUCUGGGUCUAAAGACCGAUGCCGAACGUGAGGAAUUUAUCAAUGAACUUGAUAACCUGUCCGAGGACUUUCCUGAAGAUUUCUUCAAGAUGAAGGUCCUUCCCGAAUUGCUGAAAUCUGUUGAAUUUGGAGGUGGAGGCCCAAAAGUGCUCAGUGCCACAUUGAAAAUUGGCUCUAAGCUCUCUGCAGACGAGUUCAACGCUAAACUAACACCCGUCAUUGUGCGUCUCUUUGGAAAUCCUGAUCGGGCGCUGCGUGUGUGCCUGUUAGAUAACCUACCUUUGAUGAUUGAGAAUCUUCCUCAGAAGAUUGUCAAUGACAAGAUUUUCCCCCAGAUGACUUCUGGUUUCACCGACGCUGCUCCUGCAGUUCGAGAACAGACGGUUAAGGCUGUUCUUCCAGUCGUUAAUAAACUUAGUGACCGCGUCAUCAAUGGCGAACUUCUCAGGUUUCUAGCUCGUACUGCUAACGACGAGCAACCUGGUAUCCGUACAAAUACAACCAUCUGUCUUGGCCGGAUUGCCAAGAACCUGGGACAAAGUUCUCGCUCCAAGGUACUCGUUGCCGCAUUCUCAAGGGCCAUCCGGGAUCCAUUUGUCCAUGCUCGCAAUGCAGGACUUCUUGCUCUCUCCGCCACGAUCGAUGUCUUUGACGAGGAUGAUUGCGCUUCCAAGAUCCUUCCUGCUAUUUGCCCAGCUCUUUUGGAUAAAGAGAAGCUCAUCCGAGAUCAAGCGAAUAAAACCCUUGAUCUAUAUCUCCAACGGAUACGCAAAUUUGGAAGCACAAUGGCAGAGACAAUAAUUUUACCCGCCGCCCCCACAGAACCCAGCAAGCAUGAGUCCGAUGCUCGUAUUGGCACUUCAACUGAUAGCUCGUGGGCCGGGUGGGCUAUUUCAUCCUUCACCAACAAGAUCGCAGCGGCGGAUGGUGAGAUCGAACCAAAAAUAUCCACCAAACCUGCCGAGGUAGAUACCCGUUCCGCCUCAGUGCCUCGACCAGCCAAAUCAUCACCUUCCACCCAACUCGACCUUCCAAAGCAAGCGCUUCGCCCCGCUCAACCCCUAAACCGCUCUCACUCGGACCGCCCAGCCCCAAUCGUCCAAGAGAAACUCCAAGAAGCAGAAGGAGACGAUGGUUUCGACGCGUGGGGUGAUAUGGACGACGAAGAAAACGACGUAGACACAUUUACCGCAGCUGUAGCAUCGCCGGGCCCAUCAUCACCCAACCCGACUGCAAAUGUAAUCUCUGCUACGACAUUUGACGAUGGUGGUGAACCAGACUUUGCAGGUUGGUUGGCUGCGAAGAGUCAAUCCAAGACAAAGAAUGCCUUGCCGAAGGGUCUGGGCAAGACUGUGUCUAGUAGUAGCAUGCCUACAAGAUCCACGCCUAAACCCAGGGCCGUAGUGCCGAUUAAAAAGAUCGAUAUCAAACCUAAGGAUGCUGAUGAGGAUGAAGGUUGGGGUGAUGCUUGGGAUUAG